UGCAGCUACUACAACUUUUGCUGAAACUACCAACUGAACAAAUAAUCUACCUGUGACUUCUGGAAGCGCCAUAAAACCUGACAAAAUGAAUUCCACUAGAUGAUGCAACUGACGCUGUGUUUUAAAACAAAACUAUGCAGAACCUUCUAAUCAGACAUACACUUCCCCUCCUUCCUUCCUCCAAGACAACAGUAAAGCAAAGCUUUUGAAGAAAAUGCUCCCUUACUAACCAGAAAGUAAAAGUAGUAAAAUAUAUGUAAAGAUAAUCACUGCAGUGAAUAUAUAUACACUGGGAAUUCUUUCAUGAUGAAAGCACUCAACUUACUGAAUAUUUCCUUCAUGGAAGAGAAUAAGCAAAAUGUGACUGGAAAAAUCUUGUCAGACAUGCCAAAUACUACAGAAUGUGCCAUGGCAGAAGAAUCACUUUCUUUGGCCCUGCUAUUUUCUUAUUCUAUCAUUUUUGUCAUCGGACUGCUUGGCAAUGUUACUGCACUGUACGCUUUCCUGUGCAUUCACUGUAAAAAGAACUCUAUCCAGAUUUAUUUAUUUAAUGUUGCAAUUGCAGACCUCCUGCUAAUUUUUUGCCUUCCUUUCAGAAUAGUUUAUCACGUAAUGCAAAACAAAUGGGUGUUAGGCUUGACUUUUUGCAAAAUUAUAGGGAAUCUGUUUUAUAUGAACAUGUAUCUCAGCAUAGUACUACUAGGGUUGAUUAGUCUGGACCGUUAUAUAAAAAUCAACAGAUCUAUACAGCGCCCUAAAGUGAUAACAACUAAGCAAAGCAUACAUAUUUGUUGUACAUUAUGGAUAGUUGCAAUAGUGGGAUUUAUAGUAAUGGUUGUGCAGUCUAAUAGAAAGGAAGAUAAAAAUUCUGCAAUGUGUUUUCAUUACAGAGAAAAGCAAAAUGCAAAAACAGAAGCAGGUUUGAAUUAUAUCCUUGUGAUAAUAUUUUGGAUUGUUUUCAUUCUACUGAUUCUUUCAUAUAUUAAAACCGGAAACAACCUUCUGAAAAUGUCUAAGAGGAGAAAAAGUUUUCCAAAUAAUGGAAAGUAUAUUGCUAUUGCAAGGAACUCUUUUAUAGUGCUUAUCAUUUUCACAUUAUGUUUUGUUCCUUAUCAUAUUUUCCGAUUUAUUUACAUUACUUCACAGCUACAAAAUACCUCCUGCCAUUGGAAGGAAAUUAUUCACAAAUGCAAUGAGAUUAUGCUAGUCUUCUCAUCCUUCAACAGUUGUUUAGAUCCAGUUAUGUAUUUCUUAAUGUCCAGAGGAAUUCGUAAAACUGUACUUCAACUGAUUUGCAAGCGACUUCAUUUGGAUUCUACUAUCAAUGAGAAUACUUCAGAAAUAAAACAAGGAUAUUCUCUUCAGGAUAAUCUGGAAAACUCAACCCAUCUUUCCAGAGUGUAUUUAAGGAAUGUGAAAUGAACUAUUAACAUCACAGACCUACAUGUCUGUGAAAGCAAGUUCCAUCGUAUUCAACAGGACAUAAGUAGAAAAAGGAUUGCAUUUCAAAUGAUUGUCUCAUCUCUGACCAGGCAGGAAACAAUUGCUGUUAUCUAUCCUUCCAAAAAAUCUUGCUUUAAUUUUACUCCUGCAGUCAUAUAACAAAUGGAAAUUACAGUACUUUGAAAAGAGGAAUGCACAGAUAUAAAUUAUAAUCAUAUAUGUUCAAAAGAAAUUAACUCUUACUUAUGUAAUAACACUUGCUGGUAUUUUUCCACAAUAACAUUUCACAUUACUGAAUUUUAUACUACAUGUUUACUUUAAUAAAAAUGAUUUUUAUCCAUAGAAUUCAAAUAUUUUCGUUCAUAUUCAAUUCUUGAAAAAACACCCAGUUUAUGAAUGUGGGAUAUUGGGCUUCUGUACCCACAAUUCAAAAAGCCAGAAAAUAGCCUGAUAUUGCUGCACAAUUUCACACCCAUAUUGCCAGUGGGGAAAAGGAUGUCAGACUUUAUAUACCAAAGGGCAGGCUGUCUGUUGACACCAAUAGCAGCAGUCAACAGGGUCUGCUAGAGCAGUGGCCCUCAACCUUCUCCCAACCACGGAACGGUUG